AUGAAGCAUCACAGCAUUGAUUCAGACCUACCUUGUCCAGCAUGGAUGGUGCCCCCAACAGAGAUUGACAUUCCUACGUUGGUGCUUCGUCAUGAGGAAGGUGAUUCAGGGGAGGUCUUUGGUUUUGAGGGUCAAAAGUUGCACUUCAAGAAGAUCUAUUUGUCUUUCAACACGCACGCAGACACUCCAGUCAUCGUCAAGAAGAUCGGCAGUAAGGCUUUCGCACUCCUGGUCAGGGAGCAUUUGCCCUAUGAAGAAGUGAAGGCCAAAAAGGGCAUCAAGCGGUCAAAUCAGACUACUGAGCAGCACAAUCUACCCACUCAGAAGGACUUUCUGCAAUUUGGUGCUUGUGGCUUAGGGAUGGCAAUGUCCUCGUCAAGGUCGACGCCAGCCAUCAGCGGUGGUGUGGCAGGAAAACGUGCCAAAGUGGCCAAGAAUGCCAAACAUCUUGUGCUCUUCAUCCAAAACUCCACGGUGAACAUCGAACAUGUGGAGUUCUUCCACCUGGGCCAGGCCAUGCAGAUGGCUCGAUAUCCCGUGCAUUGGCACCUGGCAGGGGAUGUGAAGAGCCGCGCCACGCUGCGGAACAGCUCCCUGCACCACAACUUCCAGCGCUGCGUCACGCUGCAUGGCACGGCCAAUGCUGAAGUGCAACAAAAUGUGUGUUAUGAGACCUUUGGCCACGCAUUCUACCUGGAAGAUGGCAUUGAAACGGGCAACGUCUUCGAGAAGAACCUGGUGGCGUCCAUUCGCCCGGGAGGAUCGCUCUGCAGUGAUUGGCAGGUGGCCUCAGGACCCAGGUCUAAUCUGCAGUUGGGGCCCAGUGGAUUUUGGAUCACCAAUCCAAACAAUAGUUUCAUUGAGAACCAUGUGGUGGAUGCCAACACGGGCUACUGGUUCACCUUCCUCGGCUCCAGUACUGGCGCCAGCGGAAGAUAUUUCCAGGACCCCAGGAGCGGCCAAGGUUCAGACAGUUGGUGGUUCCAACAGGAGCAGGCACGAACGCCUGUGAAAGCCUUCAGAGGAAACGCUGUGACCAGUGCCAGACGUGGGAUCCACAUCGAUGGUCGCGUGACUGGCUCGGAGGAUGGUGACCAGACCUCUGGGACCUGUCGUGCGGAUCACUGUGCCACCUGUUCAGGCCCCUUGGAAGGUUCUUUCUCCUGGGUUCCCAUGAGCUUUGACAUCCAGCAGCCUAAAGAGCAGCGGACAUAUCUCUUCCAGACCAAUGUCUUUGAAGAUUUCUGUGCUGCUCAUAUCGAUGGCCCCAUCGCUUCAGAGGCUCGAGCGAUUUGGACCUCUGGAGGCUACAUCCAUUUCAAGCGUGCCAUCUUCUACAACGUGCGUGUGGCAGCAGCUGGAAUGCCUGAACUCAGCAGCGGCUGCUUCAGGAUCUUGGAUGAAUCUCCGCCGGGCUUUGUCAUGGCAUUUACGGAGUCCUUGUUCAUCAGUGGUCCGUUUUCAGAGACCUUCUUCCAACUUUACGACGGAGGGAUCCAGGUUCUACACAGUCGUUGGAUUUUUGGAGAGGGCACUAGUAAAAACUUUGCCGUGGCGAAGCCGAAGUGCGCCUUUGGAGGGAAUGGCAAUCCCGUGUAUCUGCUUGGUAGUAGGCCUUUGUUGCCGAAGGAAGCUGCGCAUUCGCAGCGCUUUGCGUGGGCGAAGGACUUGAUUCCACUGGACCAUGGAUUGUCGAUUUCCAGACCUGAUAGUUUCCAAGCUCAUUUGGCCAACUUCCAAUGUAUAGCCUGGGCUUCGCCCUACAUCAACGGCUCCUACCUGUACUUCGCGGAUGGCCUUGGUGAUACCAUUCCCACCAUCAUCGCGCCGGCCAAGGAGGCCAUGGACGGCAUGCAGCGCAUCCGAGGUGAAGAACGAUGCGCGAAAUUCUUGCAAAGGAGAACAGCCCUGCGAGCCCUUCAGGGCAGGUGGGCCAAUGCGAUUUUUCCACUGCGCCACCAACCAGCACUCCCUACGUUUGGGACGAAAGUUGUAGAAGUUCCGGUGGCCUCGGAUGCUAUGCCGAUGGGAGACAUCUGCAGUGCCGCUGGUGUGGUUUCGAUCCUUAUCCCGCCUGUCCCAAGGGAAACAGCCAAGGGGAUCUAUGGGCAGCGAUCGUUGCGUUUCUGGUGGGUUUCUUGUUGCUGUUGCUCAUCGUGUUUGUCUGCUGGCACUGCACCGUGA